CUGCGGUAAAAUCUCCUGAGUGGCUGCGGUUCCUCCCGCUCCGCCCCCCGCCGCGCCGCCUCCCCCUCAGUGCGGAGCCGGAGCGCAGAGAGGAGAAUCCCUCCUGAGGAUCAGCUGGAGGCCCCCCGCCGCCCGGGUCCAGGUGAAGCCAUGGAGGUGUUCCGGAGCCGGCUGCUGGGGAUCUCCGUGGCCGUGGCGCACGGCGUGUUCUCCGGGUCGCUCAACAUCCUGCUCAAGUUCCUCAUCAGUAACUACCAGUUCGGCUUCCUGACGCUCAUCCAGUUCCUCACCAGCUUCACGGCCAUGCUGGCGCUGGAGAGCCUGCGACGGCUCGGGAGGAUCCAGGUGCCGCCGUUCGGCAUGCAGCUGGCCAAGGAGUUUGCGCCAGUCUGCAUCCUGUCCACGCUGCAGUCCACGCUGACGCUGUGGUCGCUGCGCGGCCUCAGUCUGCCCAUGUACGUGGUGUUCAAGCGCUGCCUGCCGCUCUUCACGCUCUGCAUCGGGGUGUGCGUUCUCCGGAACGCGCUGCCGUCUGUGGGCGUGGUGACCGCCGUGCUCAUCACCACAGGGGGCGCUGUUCUGGCAGGAGCCGGAGACCUCACCGGGGAUCCGUUUGGUUACGUCACCGGGGUUCUGGCUGUAAUCAUUCACGCCUCCUACCUGGUUCUGAUCCAGAAAACCAGUCUGGAGAGCGAGUAUGGACCUCUGACUGCACAGUACGCCAUCACCAUCAUGGCGUCGCCGGUUCUGCUCGUCUGCUCCAUCAUCUCCAUGGACGCUGUCAAUAUGUGGUCCUACGCGGGCUGGGAGGAACCGCAGAUCACCAUCAUCUUCAUCCUGUGCAUCUUCAUCGGCUGCGCCAUGAACUUCACCACCCUGCACUGCACCUACAUCAACUCGGCCGUCACCACCAGCUUCGUCGGCGUGGUCAAGAGCAUCGCCACCAUCACGGUUGGCAUGCUGGCCUUCAAGGACGUGGCGCCCACGCGGCUCUUCAUUGGCGGAGUGGUGGUGAACACCAUUGGCUCCAUCACCUACUGCGUGGUCAAAUACUUUGAGACGCAGAAGAAGAGUUUGUACGAGGACCUGGAGAAGGACGCGGCGCAGCCUGGAGACCCCUACACCGAGAAACCACCGCUGAACGGGGAAGGGUCCGCCACCGGUCCCGAGCUGGGGCCGUCGGAGAGCGGAGACGGGAAGGAGGACGAGGCGCCUCAGUUAUCGAACGGAGCGCUGUCGGUGGAGGGCAGCGCCGGAGGAGACGGUGACCUGAAAUCUGUUGUAAUGACGGAGAAAGAGGCGCUGGAGAUGCAGAGGGAGCACCUCCACCAGGAGAACGCCGCCGCUGGCCGGUCCGCCACCCAGAACCUCGUAGGAGCAUUGAGGUCCAUCAGGAGUCUGCAGCUCACCAAGAAGGAAAAUCUGAUCGAUAACAUAGAGCUUCAGAGUCCAUGAGGGCGGGAUGGAGACCCAAAUGGACUCCUGAGCCAAAACAGAAAGGAACUCAGCGGACGGACCGAACAGAGACCAGACAGACUGAACAGAGACCAGACAGACUGAAAAGAGACCAGACAGACCAAACAGACCGGACAGAGACCGGACAGACCAGAGGACGUCUUUCAUUAGCAUCGGCCCGCUUGACAAAUGCUUGAUGGUCUUGUUGGCUUCGUCUCUCUGCUGAAGAUUUCACGUCCCAGAACUGCAGAACCAGGAGGCGGACUGACUGUGUCUCCAUGGUAACGAGUAUGAAGCAGUUCCAGUUUGAGCCAGCAGGGGGCGGAGCUUCUUCUCGGCAUGUGGAUUGGGCGGCGCAGAGCACGGCUAGCAUGACGCGGUCCGUCUCCCCGGUCCGGUUAGAACCCGGCUGGACUGAACCCUGCAGGUCCAGUUUACUUUUCAUUUGCUUCCAUUUCAUCAUCAGAUCCAAAAUAAUCUAAAUUAAUGUGUCAGCCAUGACGGUACCGGGUUCUGUUCCGUGUCCUUUGGGUCAUCUGGGUCACUGCUCAGAGGUUUGUCUGUUUACCUAAAAGCCAAACGAAGUUAUAAAUUCAUAAAACUGAGAAGUUUGUUUCUAUGACGUUUUACUUCUUCACCACACAGCAGGUGGAUUUUAUUUUAGGUUUUAUUAAACUGCUUUUUUUUCUUUCUGGUUUGGUUCUGAACUCAUGCGUCUCAAAAUGCCAAAAAUGUUUUUUAUUUUAUUUGAUGUUUUCAGUGUUUUCACAGCUGAGCAGGGAAAAACUCAGUCACAACGAUAUGAUUUCCACUGUGGCCUUUUUAUUUACCGUAAGUUUUUUAAAGCCUCAAGAAGAGAACAACGUUUGAUUGUUUUUGCUGUUUUAUGAUAAAAGGACUCCGUCAUGUCAGCUGUUUAUAAGAUGUUUGUUGUGUGUAAUAUUCACUGAGUUCCUAUUAAAUGGCUGCCAGACUGA